GAUGAAAUUUGAAGACUUCAAAGUGCAUUUUGAUAAAGUUGAGAUCUGCAACCUGACUCCAGAUGCCCUGGAAGACAACAUUGCCCACAAGUGGGAGGUGACCAUCCACCAGGGGAGCUGGGUCCGGGGGUCCACCGCAGGAGGAUGUAGAAAUUUUCUAGACACUUUCUGGACAAAUCCACAAAUCAAGCUGCAUUUGACAGAGACAGACGAUGGGCAAGACGACUGCACGUUCAUAGCAGCGCUGAUGCAAAAGGAUCGCCGUAAGCUCAAGAAGCUUGGUGCUGAAAUGCUAACCAUCGGCUACUCUAUUUAUGAGAGCCCUGGCAGAGAUGGACACUUGGGCAAAGACUUCUUCAGGUACCACCCCUCCAAGGCCAGGAGCAAAACCUACAUUAACUUAAGGGAAGUAUCGAACAGAUUCAAGCUGCCACCAGGCGAUUAUGUUCUUGUUCCUACCACUUUUGAGCCGCACCAGGAGGCAGAUUUCUGCCUGAGGAUUUUCUCCGAGAAGAAGGCCAUCACUGAGGAUCUGGAUGAAAAUGUUGCCAUUGAUCUCCCUGAGCCUCCAAACCCAACUCCAAGCCCACAAGAAACUGAAGAAGAAAAGCAGUUCCGGGCACUGUUUGAGCAGAUUUCAGGAAAGGACAUGGAGAUAGCUGCAGAAGAACUCGAAUAUGUUCUGAAUGCUGUAUUAAAAAAAACAAAGAACAUCAAAUUCAAGAACUUAAGUCUAAUUUCAUGCCGAAAUAUAAUUUCUCUUAUGGAUACCAGCGGCAACGGGAAAUUGGAAUUUAGUGAGUUCAAAGUUUUCUGGGAAAGAAUGAAGAAAUGGAUAAAUAUCUUUCUUCAAUUUGACUUUGAUAAAUCUGGCUCCAUGUCCUCCUAUGAGCUUCGCAGUGCUCUUAAAGCUGCAGGAUACCGACUCAACAACUACCUGCUGCAACUGAUUGUCCUCCGAUACUCCAAUGAACAGUUCCAGAUUGAAUUUGAUGAUUUUCUGAACUGCUUAGUUCGCUUAGAGAAUGCAAGUCGAGUAUUCCAAGCACUGAGUGUGAAAAACAAGGAGUUCAUUAACCUGAAUAUAGGCGAGUUCAUCAACUUGACUAUGAACAUCUGAAGAAGUCUGACUUGGAUGCUGGGAGUCUCUUGCGACAUUGCUGCCAAGAUUUCUGCUGCAACAGCUGAGGUCCCCUUCACAUGCAAACUUUACCAGGAGAUUUCGUGUGGAGGAACAUGCAUGCUGCCCACCUUUUCUGUUCUCCAGCCCUGUUGAUGAGUUCAACAGUCAGAUCACGUUUUGUUUUUAUUUUUUGGUAAAGCCUGAUACUGGAUUUGUUACUGCGAGAGGCAUUUGGACGGGGCACAUAUGCCUCUCAAGCAGACUGAAACUGAUGUCCCUGAGUGACCACAGGUUUUUAUGAAAUAGGAUUGUGUUUAGUUUCAGUACAGCACAGACUACAGUCAUUAAAAGUCUUUAUUGCUGCUUGGCUACAGAUUACUGUAAGGUGCUUUUGAAAAUACAAGGUUGCG